UGACAGUUGUAAUUAAUCCCAUCCCAAUCUGUUUAUUUCUUUUGGGAGAUAACAAGGUCAGUGUUGUUCGUAGUAGCGAGUAUAGGAACUUUAAUAAAAAUUCUAAAUCGCGCAAAAAGUGAUUAAUUAUAAUUACAUUAAAUAUGCAAGUGCACCCAUUCUACAUGACUGCAUCAUCAAGUGUUAGCUACUUGAUGGGAAAGUGAUAGAAAUUAACAUCUCUUAAGCAGAAGAAUGAGUCAUAAAAGCGACAAAAGUAAUUUAUCCCAUCUUCUAAUGGUAGGAACUGAACCGAGCGAACGACCAGGGAGCAGUACAUAUUUUGAAAAUGAAGAAGAAAAUUUUAGUCACAAUAUCAACAACGAGGAUGUCGAUUCUUUGGGACCACUACCCUCGAAAUGGGAGAAGGCCUACACAGACAACGGGGAGGUUUAUUUUAUAGACCAUUCGACGGGUACAUCACAUUGGCUUGACCCCAGGCUCUCAAAAUUUCAAAAAAAAUCUCUAGAAGACUGCAUGGACGACGAAUUGCCGUAUGGUUGGGAAAAAAUCAGUGAUCCACAUUAUGGCACAUACUUUAUAGAUCACGUAAAUCGGAGAACACAAUAUGAAAAUCCUGUCCUACAAGCGAAACGUGCUGCGGCGGAAGCUUCAGGUCGUUCGAACUGUACGUCAUUUACGAAAGAUCCCACCGAACUGUGCGGUCAGCGCUUUUGCACUUCGCUUAUAAAAUCGUCUCGCGGGCUAGGAUUUACCAUCAUUGGUGGCGACGAUGGGGUUGACGAAUUUUUGCAAAUUAAGUCUGUCGUUCCAAAAGGGCCGGCAUGGCUGGAUGGUCAGUUGCAGACUGGUGAUGUAAUUGUCUACGUCAACGAUACUUGCGUUUUGGGUUAUACACAUAAUCAGAUCGUUCGGCUAUUCCAAUCCAUUUCUAUUGGCUCCACAGUUACUUUAGAAGUGUGUCGCGGAUAUCCUCUACCGUUUGAUCCCAACGAUCCGAACACUGAAGUAGUAACCACGAUAGCAGUAGACGAUAAUUUACAAAGUCUAGCUUCGGACAAAAGGAUGGCAAAUUUAGAUACUAACUACAACUUCUUGGAAAGAGAUGACAACGAAGAAAAUGUGCAGGAGACUGAAGAUAAUAUCGAUGAUUUAAUAAAGGGAAUCAACAACUUGCCCGUUAGCAAGUUAGAAGUUAAGGUUCGAAUAGUUAAAGGCAAUCUCGGGUUCGGUUUCACAAUUGCAGAUAGCGCUUGUGGGCAACGGGUAAAAAAAAUUCUCGAUCGUCAACGUUGUAAAAACCUAAUGGAGGGCGAUAUUCUAUUAGAAAUCAACGAUAUUAAUCUGCGCAGCAUGUCUCACGAUGAUGUUGUGCAGGUGUUAAAGAACUGUCCUUAUAAUGCAGAUGCUACUAUAUGUGUUCAACGUGGUUCCUCGACCAAUAAAAUGACAAACACGAAAAACAAACCGAGGAAACUAGACAAUAGAUUUGCUAAUCGAGACAUGAGCAAUGCUUACCGUAGUAAAACACCAACAGCCGAUAUUUACAGUACGCAACAGCGUGAAGUGUUACCUAGCCGGCCGAAAACUCCCCUCGUAGAUACUAGAAGUCCGUCAAAAACACCUGUGAAGGAGUUGGCGAAUAAUAACGAUUUAUUUAAGUGCAAUUAUAGUAACGAUCAUUAUAAUCAAGAUUUACGUACCGGUUUGCAACUUUCCCUCAUUGAUAAUGUCGACGUGGAAGAUGAAUUUGAUCUAACGCAAACACCAAACCAUAACAAUCAACCCGUAGAUUACCUAAUGGGAAAUGAUCCUAAAUACUCUUAUCACGUUCCUGUUUUGCAUAGGUACGAUUGCACAUGCUUUGAGUGCCACGCCUAUCGUGCAAAUGGUCCCGAAAAUGGUAACGUGUACGAUUCCAUUACCAUGCAAAAGGCAAAUCUUCAAGAAUGGUGGCCCGUUAUGCAGCACACGCCCGAGUAUAUAGAAACCGCUAUUACGCUUAAUAGACAGGAUAUCGGUUUCGGAUUUCGAAUAGUUGGCGGCAUAGAAGAUAGAUCACAGGUUGCUGUGGGCCAUAUCGUGGCACGAGGAGCUGCAGAUCUAGAUGGUCGCAUUCGAUCUGGUGACGAAAUUGUCAGCGUAGAUGGAUAUUCGGUUUUAAAGGCCUCCCAUCGACAAGUCGUUCAACUUAUGAAUGCCGCAGGUGCAAGGGGUCAAGUAAAUUUGGUACUACGACGCCGUACUUUCCCCAUCAUUAAUGGAUCUUAUACUCCGGCAGUUAGCAAUUUAAGUGUGAACGAUUAUUCGCCAAACAUUGUGUAUAAUUCGGUGCCUCAUCCUACAGCGACUUACGAUGUUGUCGUAAAUCGGAACGAAAAUGAAGGAUUUGGUUUUGUUAUUAUAUCUUCUGUGAACAAAAUUGGUUCCACGAUUGGCAGACUAAUUGAAGACAGUCCAGCAGAAACUUGCGGCCGUUUACGUGUAGGGGAUUAUAUUGUUGCAGUUAACCAUAUUGACAUAAUGAAUCUCAGUCAUGGAGAUAUUGUGAAUCUGAUAAAGGAAUCUGGUUUGUCUGUAACACUCACAAUUGCGCCAAACCCAGAUCUGUGAUUGAAAUUGAGACUAUAAAUUAACCGUAAGCAUUAUGUUAUGUAUCAUACUUAAAAAUUUAAGUACCACACUCUCAACUAUGUAUUAUAUUAAUUGUUAUAGAGAAUACUAUUUUUUUAAAAUAGUUUACAAUUGUAACCGACUGUAUAAAAUAAUUAUAUGAAUAUGUUUUUUA